AGAUUCGACGUAAACAUUCGGUCGCGUCGUCGCACAAAAUCUCACUGCGAAUACUUUAUCUGAUAACCACUCCUUAGGCAUUAUUGCCUCAAAUAAUUACGGCAAAAUGGCACAACUAGAGAAUGACGAAGGGAAAAUUACAUGCAAAAACGUUCAGGAUCGCCAGGAGUUCGUGGAAGUACUCAACAAUUUCUGCUCAACCUCCGGAAUACCGCCGUCGGACAUCGACAACUUGAAAAUAACUUGCAGCGAUCUAAAGCCGCUGUCCGAUGACUUCUUUCAAGAGUUCGCCCAGAUCUCCGCGCUAACUUUAACAUUCUGCAACCUCCAGACGUUUCCAAGCGAUUGUCUACCCCCAACCCUCCAAGAGCUGCACCUACCGCACAACAGCAUCGCCGAAAUAUUACCGGAGCAUUUGGCGAAGCUUAAUCUCAAAGUGUUAAAUUUGGAAAACAACAAACUGGAGUGUUUGCCCGCCCAAGUGUUUGGUAACCAGAACGAGCUCGAGCAACUCAUGCUUGCAGAUAACACAAUUAGAAAGCUGGAUCCCUGCGCUUUUGCCGGGUUAGACUCGUUGCUGGGGUUGGAUUUGCAGGAGAAUAAGAUAAGGGAGCUGCACUCUGAGGUGUUCGCUCCUAUUCCCGCGCUGGUAAAUCUAAGCCUUAAGGCGAAUAAAAUAAAACAACUCCCCAAUAGGGUGUUCGCUGAGCUAGCCAACUUGGAGAAGCUCGAUUUGGGGAGUAACCAACUAGAGGCAAUCGGUGAAGAUGACUUCAAAAAUCAUCAAUUGGUAGAACUGCACUUGGAGAGCAACGACUUGCAUGCGAUUCACGAGGGUGCUUUCGUCGAGUUGAAGACGCUCCAAAAGCUGUAUUUGAGUGGCAACAACUUGGUCGAGUUAGAGCAUGUGUUCGACGCAGUGCAGACACUGGAAGUGCUCGACUUGGAUUGCAACAAGCUGAAGAAGCUGCCCAACUUGAAAUGUUUGGUCAACCUGCAGCAGUUGUCAUUGAACGAAAACCUUGUGGAGGAGCUGCGGGACGACGAUUUCGAAGGACUGGGUAACUUAAUUCUUCUAGGGCUUAAGGUGAACAAGCUGAGACAUCUAAUCGCGCCAUUUUUCCAUCACCUUCCGUUACUGAGAGUGUUGGAUUUGGCAAGCAACAACAUCAGCGACUUGGCGACCGACACUUUCGACGGUCUAGGAGAACUUCGCGCUCUCGAUUUGUCGAAGAACAACAUACGUGUAUUAGCAGAGGGUUGUUUUAAAGGAUUGGAGUCGUUGACAAUGUUGAAUUUAGGAUCAAAUCGCAUAACGAAAAUUACAAAGGAGAGUUUCCAUGACAUUCCAGGCUUACUGUCCUUGUUGCUUAACGAUAAUAAAAUUCGUAAGAUGGAUAAAGCCGCUUUGGAGAACUUCGAUAAGUUGAAACUCUUGAAUUUGAGCAACAAUGAUCUUAAGUUCAAAAUCGAAGGGCACUUUGAUAACCUUAAGAAUUUGCGCUGCCUUUAUUUGAGGGGUAAUUAUAUGCGACACAUCGAGAGAAUAAGCGUGGAAGAGUUGCCCAACUUGAAGUUUUUGGAUGUCUCCGAUUGUAGCAUAAACGAAGUCGGCUCAGAAGUCUUCGAUAAUUUGCCAGGUUUGUGUUUCAUCAAAUUUUCAUCUAAUCACCUGGACGAAAAGGAGUUAUUGGCUUUGAAAGACAAAUACACUAAUCUAACGUUCCUAGACGAUACGCAAUUGCCUUACGUGUUAUAAUCUCUAAUGUGUUACCAUAACCAACACUUGAGCUUUGAGCACUAAAAACGCUAGCAACAUUAUAUAUUACAAUAAACAAAUCA